CCUCACUGCUGAUAGUGGUCUUAUAACAGACAGAAAGCUGCACUUCCACUGCAUUAUUAUUCUCUUCUUCCUCCCCAACUCUCUCUCUCCUCCCCUUGUCCGCCAUGGCUGCCGAAUCCGCCUCUGCUAUUCAGCGAAGCCAAGUGGAUUUAUUGGAACACAUCGAUUGGAGAGGUAUUGAAUGUCUCAAUCAAAGUGGCACUCACACUGUUGCCAAUGCCCUCAAACAGGGUUACCGUGAAGAUGAUGGGUUGAAUCUAGAGAGUGAUGCUGAUGAGCAGCUUUUGAUCUACAUUCCAUUUACACAAGUCAUUAAGCUGCAUUCUAUUGUCAUCAAAGGACCAGAGGAAGAAGGUCCUAAAACUGUCAAACUUUACUCAAACAAAGAAAAUAUGGGGUUUAGUAAUGUCAAUGACUAUCCUCCAAGUGAUACAGUUGAACUUUCAGCUGAAAAUAUAAAGGGAAAGCCCGUAGUAUUGAAGUAUGUCAAGUUCCAAAAUGUUCGCAGCUUAACAAUUUUCAUUGAAGAUAAUCAGUCUGGAUCGGAGGUGACCAAGGUUCAGAAGAUCGCUCUGUACGGAACAACGGUUGAGACAACAGAUAUGAAGGGUUUGAAGAAGAUUGAGGACCAGCAUUAAUCAGCUAUAAAAAUAUAUUGGAGCUGGGAUAUAAUUGAACAAUUGACCCGAGUAUUUUAACCUUCCAGUCUUAUUCGGUUUUUCAAUAUUGGAUUACACUAGCCAUGUAUUGGCUGUUUAUGACGAUUUAUACCCCAAAGUUGUGACAUCUUGUGUGGAAGUGUCCAGGAUGUGCUGCCCUUCAUAGCUCUUUAAUGUGCCAUUUUUCACCUUCUAGUCUGGUCUAUAGACUGGACAGGUACAGGCUGUUUUAGUGCGUACCAACCCACAUCAUGUGUCGUGGUCAAUGGUUUGAUGUUAAGCGGAGUUUGGGUUCACAAACUGGUCCCAGACUGGAUCUUGGAUGGCUUUAUUAUGUACUCGUAGUUUUCAUUUCGUUUUCUUGUUUGUUAAUUUUUCCUCAUCAGGCCUCCAUCACUCUCGUGGUUUCGAAAGAUUAUAAAUUAGCUGGGCAUAAACCGAA